AGGGAGAUGCUGUUGAAGAUCAAAAUGAUUGGAAGGCUGCUUUACACACCCUACUGAAAGUACUGUAUCAAAUGACCUGUUUAAUGUCACCGUUUACACCAUUUAUGACAGAGUUUAUUUACCAGUAUCUGAAAGGUUAUCUAGAUUAUACUGACAAUCUGAAAGAUCGUGCUUCUCUUUUACCUGGUUACUCACCUGAAACUGGUGCUCCAGACUCAGUCCACUAUCUACAAGCACCUGAACCAAAAGUUGAAUUAAUCUCAAAGGAAAUUGAAGAAAUUGUCUCCUGGAUGCAAUCAACUGUUGAGCUAGGUCGUAUCAUACGUACCCGAUGUAAUCUCCCGCUGAAAGCACCAUUACGUGAAGCGAUAGUUAUUCAUUCUGAUCCAGGUGUUUUAAAACUUGUGAAGUCUGCACAAACUUAUAUUAUUGAAGAAUUGAAUGUUCGCCUGUUAACCACAACAAGUGAUAAACAUCGUUAUGGUGUUCAAUUGCGUGGUGUAUUGAAUCAUAAAACACUGGGUGUACGCCUUAAGAACGAUUACAAAGCUGUUGUAAAUGCAGUGAAAGAAAUGUCAACUGAAGAAUUGGAAAAGUUUGUUCAAACUGGCCAUCUGAUUGUUUGUGGACAUGAAUUAUCCGGUGAUGAUUUGUCAGUGGUGUAUACAACUGGUAGCGACGCCAGUUCAUCGGCAACUGGUACAAAACGUAAAGCAGAACAGACUACUGGGAACAGUAAUAAUACUACUACUAGUAAUAAUAAUAAUCAACAAAGCUUGUCAAAGUAUGAAACUGCAUCGGAUGCUAGAGGUCUCUUAGUGAUACUCGAUACAACACCAGAUCCUGAGCUAGAAAAUGAACGGUUAGCCAGGGAACUUGUUAAUCGUAUACAAAGAACACGUAAAAAG